AUGGUCCUAAAUUUUCCCAAGGCUUUUGUGGGCGCCCUGUGCCUUGCAUUGAUCAAUGCUUGGGGAGCUGCAGCCGAUACAUCUGCGUAUACUGUAUACCGGGGCACCUUUGUUUAUCUUCCCAAGCUGAAUUCGUCUUCGACAAAGCCUGAGCUUACCCGAAGUCAAGGUGUUCUAUGGGUUUCCGCUGAGGACGGCCGCAUCAAAGGCUAUGACUGGGGAGUCAAGGAUGAUGCUAGUUUCCAGUCAUUCCUCUCCAGCCAUGGUUGGUCUGAUGGGUCUGGAAGUGGAUCUACCCAAGUUCAGGUAGUCAAGUCGGACGACUCACAGAACGAGUUCUUCUUCCCUGGCUUCAUUGAUACCCAUAUCCAUGCCCCACAGUUUCCCAACCUCGGUCUGUUCGGUUCAAACCAACUCCUGGAGUGGCUGAACGAAUACACCUAUCCGAUCGAGGCCAGCUUCGGGUCCAAGUCAGACCCAAACAACACGCAAACAAACCCCAACGAUGCACCUCCUCUAGGCCUGCGUGAAUACGACGAAGUGAUCGCUCGUACCCUCUCGCAUGGCACUACCACCGCAUCGUACUUCGCCACUAUCCACGUCGCCGCUACCAAUGCUCUCGCCGCGCUCUGCCAAAGACACGGCCAGCGUGCCUUCAUCGGCCGUGUCUGCAUGGACAACAAAGAUCAAUGCCCAUCUUACUACGUCGACGAGUCUGCCGAAGAGGGCUUCAAUGCCACCAAGUCGACCAUCGACUACAUCCACUCUAUCGAUCCAAACGGAACCCUGAUCAAGCCGAUCAUUACCCCUCGGUUUGCCCCAAGCUGCUCGAACGAGUCUCUCGACGGUCUAGGCCAGCUCGCUGCCUCCUACGACCCCCCACUGCACAUCCAGACACAUAUUGCAGAGACUACCUCCGAGGUCGAGCUCGUCCAACAACUCUUCCCUGAGUCCUCCAGCUACGCCGACGUCUACGACAAAGCCCACCUCCUAACCAACCGCACUAUUCUGGCCCACGGUAUCCACCUCACCAAGGAAGAGUGGGCUCUGAUCGUGAAGCGUGGCUCCGCUGUUGCUCACUGUCCCGCCUCCAAUUCCGCUCUCGGCUCCGGCCUCGCUCCUGUCCGCGCCAUGCUCGAGGCUGGCGUCACCGUCGGCCUCGGAACCGACGUCGCGGGCGGAUACAGCACCAGCAUUCUCGAGGUCGCACGCCAGGCGUCCCUGGUCUCCAGGCUGCUGAGCUACAGCGCCGAGUACCUGGCACUGAUCGGCAACACCACGGCCGAGGGCACGGAUGGCCACGAGAAGCUUUCGCCGGACGAUGUCUUGUACCUUGCUACCCGUGGUGGUGCACAGGUCGUCCACAUGGCGGAUGAUAUCGGGGGCUUUGACACGGGGAUGAUCUGGGAUGCGCAGCUUAUUGAGUUGGGCGCUGUGCAGAAUAAGACUAUCAGUCCGCUUCCGGCGAAGCCUCUCAAGAGCCUUGUUAGUCGGGCUGCGGCGGAGUCCGCUACGGUUGGGAAUAUCGACUUGUUUGGGAACGAGACUUGGCAGGAGCAGAUUCAGAAGUGGAUGUGGAGUGGUGAUGAUCGGAAUGUCAAGAAUGUCUGGGUGCAGGGCAAGCUUGUGCAUACUCGAUCUUAG